ACAAGUAUGCGCAUGAGUUUUCCAGAAGGGCGCAGCCUGUCGCUCUAUAAAUACGGUCGCUUCAGUUUUCAGGAAUUCAGUCUAGCGGCGAUAUCGGCAGUGAGCUCACCUGCACACGAAGAAUACCAAGGAAAUAAACAUGUCUUUAGAACGUCAAGUCCGUGCUAAGCUCGCUUCCAAACGAAGCCCCGAAAAGGAGAAGGAAUGUCAGGAGUGGAUGGAAAGCGUCCUUGGCGCUAAAUUCCCCCCUGGAGAACUGUUUGAGGACGUUCUUAAGGACGGAACUGUCCUCUGCCAACUCAUCAACAAGAUCAAGCCUGGCUCCGUGGCCAAGAUCAACACCUCAGGUGGUCAGUUCAAAAUGAUGGAGAACAUUACCAACUUCCAGGCGGCAAUCAAAAACUACGGUGUACCUGACAUUGAUGUUUUCCAGACAGUCGAUCUUUGGGAGAAGAAGGAUAUCGCACAAGUUAUGAGCACUCUGUUCGCCUUGGGCCGUGAGACUCACCGACACCCAGAAUGGACUGGACCUUGCCUUGGACCCAAGCCAGCUGACGAGUGCAAGCGCGAAUUCUCCGACGAAGUGUUGAAGGCCGGUCAAACAGUAAUUGGUCUUCAAGCUGGCUCGAACAAAGGUGCCACCCAGGCAGGCCAGAACCUUGGUGCCGGUCGUAAGAUCCUGCUCGGCAAGUGAAGAGCCUGACGUGCAGCAAGUGAUAUUAGAUAUAAGUGAUUGUACAAAACUAUGAAACAAGACUGUCACACUCCGGGAAGAUCUAGUCGCACCAGAUGUGUAGAGUCGUGCGCUCUCUUGGUAGUUGGUGGCCAAGGGGUCCUGGUAUUGCCAACUUGGUAAUUACGUCCUAUACUUACAUGUGCUGAUGAGUUGGUUUUGUAUAUAGGAUAAGAAAUUGUAUUUAUUUCCAUUUAUUAUAGUAUUUUGUAAUAAAAUUUAAUUUAUUUA